AUGGGAAGAUUAGUACUCACAACAAUAUCAUCCUCAACAACACCGCAGCUUCACCACCACCAUAGCCUUCCAUCGAACUGGCGGCGGCGGAAAUCAAAUAUCUAUAAAAAGGGGAUAAAGGAAGAGAAGAUGAUGGGACAAGAAGGGGAGAGCAGUAAUGGAGAGACCGGCAAGCUACGGCGGCUGCCGCUGUCGGAAGUGGUGGAGGACUGUGUAAGGAGGUGGUUCCGUGAUACUCUCAACGAAGCUAAAGCUGGGGAUAUCAAUAUGCAGGUCCUUGUAGGCCAGAUGUAUUAUAGUGGCUAUGGUGUCCCCAGAGAUGCCCAAAAGGGAAGAAUUUGGAUGACAAGAGCUUCAAGAGUUAGAUCUUCAGUUUGGAAAGUCAGCAAUAAGCGCCCAGGUUACAACGCAAGUGACUCUGAUUCAGAUGAGUUGAGAGCAGGCUCUUGA